AUGCUUCAAUUACAAACACCCAGCAAAUUACCCACAUUCACUCAGAUGAAAGAACAGGCAAUGACACCAAACACAUCCACAAUGUCUAAUACUACACCUGCUUCUGCUCAUGCUACUUCUCAUACACCUGCUUCUGCAUUUCAACAGAAAGUUACCUUACCACCAUUAUCAUCGAUCCUUUCCUCAGCACAAUCAAACCACUACAAAGAUCACCCAUUAACCAUGCUUCCACCAACAUCAUCAACAAACACUAGUGCAAACACUAGUGUAUCUACUUUUCCAACUGCUACACCUUACAAGAAACAAUCACCAAUUGAGUCAUAUUCAAGCACACCAAUUAUAGCAUCUACUCCAUAUUACUCACUACAACACCUGCACAGUUUCCCAAUCACAUCUUCUGCUUAUCAUUCACAACCAAGCAGCUUUGCAUCCUCAACCUCCAGCUUACUGUUGAACCCAUCACCACCACCAUUACCACUACCAUACCAACAACAACAACCACAACAACAACCACAACCACAACCACAAUCAUUUGCAAAUGGAGACCACCCACUGUUUUAUUCCAACAAGAGAGCAUACAACUCUUCCAGCAUCGACGACUCAUCUAUAAUGGACACAAGUAUACUCGAACUCCGCAAAAGCAAAUCAAUGACAAACACAUCCAAAGCAGCAACAUCAACUUUAUCAUUAUCAGCUUCAGCGGUGAGACCAGCGUCGACUGUGCUUGUGAAAUCUACAACUUCACCCACAUCAGAAAAAGCAUAUGCAUUCAUCUCUCACUCGCCAGCUACUUACCCUUCACAAGAACCAGCUAUAGACAAUGCACCACUAGCACGUCGCAAGAGAAGAAGAACCUCACCCCACGAACUCAACUUGCUCAACAAGGAAUUUGAAAUUGGAACCACACCAAACAAAAUGAGACGUAUAGAAAUUGCCAAAAAGGUGCACAUGACUGAAAAAGCAGUACAAAUAUGGUUUCAGAAUAAGAGACAGAGUAUUAGAAAACAAAGCAGCUGUGAAAAGGAAGUAUUGGUAUUGCCAAUGACCAAUGUCUCUGUACAACAACAACAAGAGGAAUUGGCCACUCAACAGCAACAGCAACAACAGCAACAGCAGCAGCAACAACAACAACAGCAGCAACAACAACAACAACAACAGCAACCGAUUGAGUCAGUCCCAACCGUUUCUACAUCAUUACCAUCUAUUGUUUCAUCAACACCUAGCAAACCACAUAUUACCACAGUACCACAGCUGCUCCUAAAAGCAGCAUCGUCAACACCAUUGAGUGUGACAAUCGAAGCUAACGAACCUCAACAAUUACAACAUGGCGCCAUGAUUGAAACAAACAAGAAACAACCAACUGCAUUGAAUGGCAACACUACAUCUACAAUGACAUUCAAGUUGAUACCUAACAUAAACUCAAACUCAACCAAUUCAAAUAUGUUGCCUAGCUUGGGAGGAAGCAAGGUUACCCAGAAAUUGAGAAUGGAAAGUCUUGGAAUGAUGAUGAGCUCAGAAAGAAAAGUAUUGGGCGACAUCACCAACCGUAUGUAA